CACAGGCACGGAGUUCUAGAACAGAUUGUAGAUCGUAUAAUCUCAUGAAAUAAAAUAAUUUCCUGUUUUUGAUUCUGUUGGAAUAAUAAUAAAAAUAAAACAACAAAACAGACUGCAGUCAAGAACAUGGCACUCCUAAAGUCCGGCUGGCUGUGGAGACAGACUGCUAUCCUAAAACGCUGGAAGCUAAACUGGUGCGACCUUUGGAUAGAUGGCAGUCUGUGCUUCUACAAGAGUGACAACAGGCGAGAACUAGAGCAACGUGUUGGCCUCAAGGCGACGUGUAUUGAUGUGCGGUCGGGCCUGGAAUGUGGAGGAGUUAGCCCACCAGAGGGUAUUCCAAGGGAAAACCUUAUCACCAUUCAUCUCAGAGAUGGCUCAACACUCAACUUAGGUGCAAACAGCGAAGAUGAAUGCCUAGCCUGGAAACUAACUCUACUUGAAACCCGAAGAAACCCAGUGUUCACAUAUGACCCCUAUGAUGACUCUUAUCAAGCUAUCCCACUCAGCAACUACCACACUGUCUAUAUCACACCUGGAGCAGGACCAGGAACCCACCAGGUGAUUGUGCAGAGAGAUCCGUUUGAUGGCGUGGCAGAGAGCGUUGCACUGGGAAUACUGGCGGGCAUGGCAGCCGGGGCAGCCAUGCGAUCCUUCCUGUGGAUGCCCUUCUUCUUCUGCUGAAGCCAUCUGCGUCUCCUGCACAGGCAGAAUCCCAGACACCUGAUGAUAAUGUGUAGAAAAGCUUCUCCAUCACUGUUUGAUCUGCUUUUCUUCUCAGUUCCAGUUUUAAAUUUAAGCCUGAAGGCUGCUGUGUCUUUACGUUAUUUAAGCUCGUUUAUGCAGGGCAUUCAACUCUACCCCAGAACAUUUCUGAAACGACAAGCCAGUUUUGUAAUUAAAUGUCUUUUAUCUGCUGAUUUACAUCUUGCAAACUUAAAAGGAAAUAGUUUAUUGUGAGCAUUGCUCUGUUAUAAUAUAAGUUGCACAAAUAAAAGCUAAUU